CCGCCAACGAGACUUUACACAGAUGUGUUUCAGGCGAGAUCGGUUGAGGCGGUGGGACUCCGUUCGCGCAGCGGGAUCAACUUCUUUCAGAGGGUCUACUGUCUCCUACUCGGACACCUUGAGUUCAAUGUAACAGGCAUCGUAAGCAGCGGUACAACAACUUUGUGGUAGAAUUGAACACAUUUAGACGGGGUUUUAAACGCAGAAGAAAAUGCCUGUAGCUUCUCUCCUGCCUUUCACGGCCACCCCGAAUAGGAAGUCCGCCAGCCCGACCUCCUUCAGGCUCACGGAGAAAUUCAUCCUGCUUUUAGUGUUCAGCGGCUUCAUCACGCUGUGUUUCGGAGCUAUCUUCUUCUUGCCGGAUUCCUCGAAGCUGCUCAGCGGAGUUUUCUUCCGCUCGUCGUCGGUGGAGGCAGAGACGCGCACAGGUACGGUCAGUGACACCAGCACCGGCACGGGCAAGGAUGAGAAGAUCCUCGCCAAGAUCAGAAAAGACCACGAAAAGGCGCUGAUUGAGGCCAAGGACACCCUACAGAAACGGCCGGACGAGAUCAAGCAGGACAUCAACAGCGACAAAGCGAAACUUGUGCAGAACGGACAGGGGAAGGGAGCGAAAGCUGACAGCUUGCCGUUCGUUCAGUACGCGCGGCCGCCGGGAGCAACAGGGCACGAACCCGCCGAUCCUGACGUUAAAGCGAAAAGAGCCAAGAUUAAAGAGGUAUGGUGCAGGUUUCUUUCCAAUAUUUCU